AUGAACUUCCUGAUUCUCUGCUUGAUUGUUGCCGUACUUGCCCUGAAUGCGGAAGCUUGGGGCUACGGCGGCUACGGCGGUUACGGUAUGGGCUACAGGCCGUGGGGCAUGGGCGGCUACGGCAUGGGAUACGGCAUGGGCAUGGGAAUGUAUCCUGGAAUGGGAAUAGACCAAUUCGCGUAUGCGGUGAUCCGGAAACUAAUGGGCACAACGAUGCGGCUGUACUUGAUAGGAACAUUGAUAGCGCUUUAUAAUGUUUGCGCGGAUCAGCCGGUGGCAAUUGGAAACUUGGCUGUCAGCUUCCAGGGCAAAGGGUACAAAUCCUCUCCUGAAAACCCGUUAAAAGGCCAGAUGAAUGAUUUAUGGUGCCAGGCCCAGGAAAACCGAGAGCACGUUGAGAUCGAAAGCGCAAAAUUUGUGCGUAUCGGCGAUCGGAAAGUUUUUGAUGCUCAUAUUGAUGAGGAUCAGAAACGAGCGGUGCUCAUCUUUGGCAACGUGCCGGUCACUGAGGCUGCCAAAUAUCGGUGCGAGAUCAUCACACAUGGUGGUCACGAGAUUUUUGGGAACAUGUUUGCAUACGCACACCCCGUGAUUCACGCCAACGAAUCCCUUGGCGUCUACAAACCGGACGGCAAUGAGGACAACCAGUUGGUGGCUAAGAAGCCGGUCUAUGCAAAUUUGGGCCAAAAUGCGAUGAUCGAAUGCCCCGUUGUGGGAUAUCCGCAUCCAAGCACCGUUUGGUAUAAGGACGAGAUGCCAAUUGAUCCAAGCCAAAAAUACGGCAUGCGACAUAAGGGAAAGCAGCUGACAAUCAGAAAUGUUCAGGAGUCUGAUUUCGGGGUCUACCGGUGCAAGGCGUACAAUACCUUCGCAAAGGUAGUUGACGGACCGGAAGCAGAUUACGAAGUUUCACUCGAUUUCACGUUGAAGUUGGCAGGCAACUACGGCUGGAUCUACCCGUUGAUAGUAAUCCUCAUCAUUCUUCUCCUCUUAUUCAUCAUCAUCUACGCAUGCAAAGCCUACGGAAAAUGGAAAUCCGACGAGUACGAUGUCGCCAAGCGGGAGAAGAAGUUCGGUGUGGAAGAGGAGGAGAAGCGGAUGGUCGAGCAAAUU